AUGUUGGCUCGGAACAUAUCUCGGAGUUUUUGGAAUGCUUUGCGUCUGGAGACCCGAUUAUUAUCUUCAAAUACAGCCAAGCCACUGCAUGAAGCCAAAGAAGGUGUAGAACCAACUCAGGCUGAAGCACUGGACAAGGACAUCUGCCUGUUAGUGGAUGAGAAGGACAAUAUCAUUGGUACCGCAACCAAGAGAGAAUGCCACAAAGUCGGCCCUGAGGGUGACAUCUUGCUGCACCGAGCCUUUAGCGUUUUCCUUUUUAAUAAGAGAGGUGAUAUGUUGUUACAAAGGAGGUCAAGCCAAAAGGUUACAUAUCCAGAUUACUACUCCAACGCCUGCUGCAGUCAUCCAUUGUACAUAGACAACAAGCCAGAGAACAUUGUAGAAGCUGCCCGGCGGAGACUGAACCAUGAACUAGGCAUACCAAUGGACCAGAUGGAGCCGGAACUGUUCACGUUCCUGACGCGCGUGCACUACCACGACCCCGGCGACGGCGUGUUCGGCGAGCAUGAGAUCGACCACGUGCUCUUCUUGCAGGGCGACGUCAAGAUCAACCCCAACUCGGACGAGAUAUCCGAGUACUGCUUCGUGCCCAAGAACGAGUUCAAUGCAUAUAUUCCGACGUUGGAAGGGCCGAUAACACCCUGGUUCAACAUGAUCAGGCGCCAUAGACUGAAGCUAUGGUGGGACAACCUUCACCGUCUCAAGGAACUCGCCGAGCCAGAGAAAAUACACAAGUUCAUAGACAAAUAAUCAUAACUUCUAUUUAUAUUAUGUUGUCAUUAUCUGUGUAUAUAAUUAAUUACGAACAAGGAGGCAGUAACAAUUUAGCAUUUCAUUUAGUUUACUUCAAUUAAUCAAAUGUGUAAAUUUUCUUUAAUAUGUAUACCUAUGACGCCAAUGACACUUCAAAUAUCUGAACAGUUGUUAAGGGUGGCAUUUCGCCUGUCCAAUACCUUGGUCCAAUGUGUAUUUGCGUUUUACAUUUUGCUUAAUGAGAGAAUGAGACUUGAGUUAACGAACCAAUAUUAUGUUUGCGUAUCUGUAUGUUUCAUGCGUCAGAACCUUUAAUUUAUUGCCAGUGUCAUUAUCAUUACUUAUUAUUUUAUUUAUAUUUGUAAAUUUUAGCUCGAGCUACACAAAUAAGGCGCGAUAAAGCGAAAAUAGACUUUACAAACACAAUCCAUAAGUUCUGUCGCGCACAGGUGUAUCUAGUUUGGUUCUAUAAGCAAACAGCUGAUAAACAUUAGUAGGUAAUUAGAUAUUUAAAUAGUUCGAAAUACAAAUUAUAUUCAAAUUAUUUAUUUUAUUAAACGCUAUUCUCCA